AGUGUUUUGUACUUUCCGAGUAUCUUUGCAAUCUUAAUACACGAUGUUGAAAACUAGAUUAUUCGUUGCUCUAAUUCUGUCAGUUCUGCUUUGCGUAUCGGCACAGGCUCCCGAGCCAAUUCCAGAAGAAGAUGAAGGCCAAGACGACUACUUGAAAGUUUUUGCCCACGAAUACAAGACCCACAUCGUCGAUAAGCAGCACCUGACCUGCGAAAAUUACGAGAACUACUGCAACAGCGCUGGCGUCGCCGAUUUCGCCGAUGCACAGUCCUGCAAGAUCUGGUCGAAAAAUUACCUGUGCAAUCACGGCACCGACAUCGAGAGCCUGCGAAAGACCGUCCACGAAAUCGAAGCGGCUCUGGCAAAAAGUCCCUGAAUCUUUCCAUCGUAAAAAUUUUAUACAACUUUUGUAAAAUAAAAUUCAAAAUAUACCAAAC